GAGCCGUACCCAACGUCGCAGUAAUUAAAGCAAAUGCCCAGAGCUUACUGUGUUGACCCGAAGCCUUUGAGGUUGAAAAUUUAGAACUUGUUAGCUGGUUGAAUAGUGCCCGUUGGCUUCGAGAUACGGCCAGGGCGGAGCGCAUGAGUGAAGGUUUGAUCAGGCAGCCAGUAGCGUUCACCGGCCAAGAUGCCAAGAACCACCCAACCUGCCUUUUUUUGAUACGUUAUUUUUCAAAAUUUAAAUCUCAGAUUUAAAUUUUGAAAAAUAAGUGUCUCCAUCUUAGAAUUCAAUUUGCAGCAAAAGAUUGUUCAAAGAAGUUCUUCAAGGUCAAAUAUACACUACAUAGUCGUAUUCCCGAUAUUAUAAUUACGAUCCAAGAACCACUUUAAUUCACCACGCCACUUAGCCACACCAUAAGCAACAAAAUGGACAAGAUCAAUGCUUAUUGGGAUUGGGACGAGUACGGCAACGACAGUCAUCGUGCCUUCCGUGCCAAAGUUCGGCAAUUCGUAGAGACUGAAAUGAUACCCUACAUCGACGAAUGGGAAGAAAAGCACGAAUAUCCGAAAGAUUUGCAAGUGAAGUUAUGUCUGGAAUAUUGCUGUAGGUGUUGCGGAACGUUUUGAUCGAAUGAAUUGAGAGGACUAAAACUACAACAUAAGGUUAGAUGAUUAGAUAAAGUAUCUGCUGGCUUCGUUCGGGUAGUGACUCUCUGAGUGAUACUCAUAGCAUUAUAUUUAUAUAGGAUUGUGCAUCCCCUAGCCCUAACUCCUGCCGCCAAAUGCGGUGUUUACGGUUGUAUCUAUCCCGAUGAGUACGGUGGGACAAAAGAUAGCGUACUCGGCAAGGGUUCUGAUGGAAAACCGAUAAAAUUUGACGCAAUUCAUGAUUGGAUUUUCUGGGAUGAAUUAGGCAGAAGUUGUUCGAAUGGAACGAUAGUCGGAGCUUUUUUCGUCACAAGCAUUGCUUUGCCGCCAGUGAUAAAGCAUGGAUUGGGUACUUCUUAUGUUUCCGCAAUGAUUUGUCGCCCUCGCGCUCGCCUGUAUUCAAGGAAGACUUGGGGAUAGAAGUUUUGAUUUUUCAUAUACCUUCGUCAAUUAACAUCGAUCUCUUCUUCUAGUACGUAAGUAAAGUAUUUCCAAUUCCACCUCAACAAUUCUUCAGCUGCCGGCGGAGAACGCACUAAGGAAGUUGCCAGAGGUGUGCUUUCCGGACAGGAUGUAGUAUCCUUGGCUAUCACAGAGCCGGGAGGUGGUUCUGAUGUUGCAAAUUUGAAGACAACAGCGAAGAAGGAAGGCAAUUUGUACGUGGUGAAUGGAGAAAAGACCUUGAUAUCAAGUGGUAUGCGCGCGAAAUGGCUGACUACAGCAGUUCGGACAGGGGGCGAUGGGUAUCGUAGGAUUCUCCAUCUUAGCGGCGACCCCUCGGGGUCGGCGUUCACAUUCUUCCGAGGGAAUAAUCAAUGACCGCCCAGCUCUGGAAGCAUGCAGCGGCCAGGCUUUCACAUGCGGCCGUCGCGGCAGAAUGCAGCCGCGCGCGGGCCUUCCUCCCAGCUAUGGACGGGGCGUAGAGAAUCGCGGGUGAAUUCCUGGGGUGGCGACUAUCUUCGCCGGCCAUGAUACUGCGCUAGUCGCGCAGUCUUCUGGAGAGCAUUAAUAGCCCGCUCCGGCUGUUACAGGGAACGCAGGCAAGGCCGCCCACUAACGGGCGCUGAGAGGAAAAGCGGGGCGGCGCCUGGAGGUCUUCGGAAUAUAAGCGCCCGCCGGAACGGUGCAGCUUUUUGGUGGGCCCGUGCGCCCCCGUUUCCCGCAAGCGGGGGCUUUGUUCGAGCGGACGCCCUUUAUCUGCGCGCUAACGCCUUAGUGUAUUUUGGCAGUUUUUCGGCAUGGGCUGCUGACCUGUAACGCGUCAGCGCCAACUGUGAAGGGCAAAGCCGUGCCCGUGUGCGCGGAGAGUAAGCCGGCUGGGGUUUGAGGUGGGAGGCGCGAGCGAUACUAUAGCUGGGCUGCCUCGUUCUCUGUGACGGGCGGACCAGAACAGACGAGCCAAUGGCGAGGGGCACGAGACUGCGGGGCGCAGCGUGGUCGGACGGUGACAGGGAUGAGCAGCGAAGCACGUACGCCUUGCGGGUCGGGUGAAGGCCCGCUUGCCGAGCUCCUCGGCUUGGGUCGGUGGGCUCUGGGCUCGCUGACUCGGCGGGCAGCCGCGCCAGGCUUUCAGGUGGAGGGGGGUCACCGCGUAGGGUGUGGGAGUGCAACUGCAGCAAGGAAGCGGGCUCGCAGCUUGCCAGAUUUCAUUCCCAGCGUCCGUUGCUGAGUUCAGUAGGCUCAGGGAACGAAGCGUGAGGGUGGCGAAGUAAAUGCAAAUGGGCUCGCAAAGCUGCGCAGCUGGCCACCUCGUUCUUUCAAGUUGGCAAGCUUUCAAAAUUUGACGUUUCUCUUGAGUAGCUACUGCGUGCAUGAGCACCAAUAUAUAUCAUUUCGCAACAACCCCCUUUCUCUUCUCCUUCAACAGCCUCGGCGGCGUUUCUCUGUUACUCAUCCCGACCGAUCUUCCUGGUGUAAAGAGGCGUCGAAUCGCCACUAUGGGGUGGGAUACGAGUCAGACUACAGCUAUCCAGUUUGAGAAUGUCAAAGUUCCAGCAGAAUACCUGAUCGGUACAGAGAAUGAGGGCUUUUACGCCAUCAUGGAGAACUUCAACCACGAAAGGUGGCGUGGCGUAUGUAUGGGCGUACGAGGAGUCAGGGAAGUGCUGGAAGACGCUAUUUUGUACGCGAAAAGCAGAUCAACUUUUGGAAAGAAGUUGGUGAAACAUCAGGUAGUGCUGAUAGAGAUACACGAUUUUUCAACAGACCUAAGUAUAACUGUUUCGAUUGCGUCUAGAGUAUCAGUUAAGAGAAAAACACUUUUUACUUGAAUCUUCCUUUAUUUUCCGUGCUGGUCAUCAAUAAAAGCAAAAGAUUAUUUCUCCAUUAAAUGAUCAGGUAAUUAUGCACAAAUUAGGCGAGAUGAUCCGGCAUUGUCUUUCGAACUACGCUUUGCUGAAGAGCAUUAAUGAGAAGAUGGUGAGCGAUCCAGAGGAUCCGGCUUUGGCUGGUCUCAUUGCAAUGACAAAAGUCCACAACUCGCGAUCACUAGAAUACGUUUGCAGGGAAGCGAUGUUAUGCUGGGUAUAGAUACUAGUAGAUAUAUUUAUAAUAGUACUUCACCCUUCAGAGACAAGAUAUAAUGUAAAUAAUACUUCUACUUCAGACAGGAUGGGCGGGAUGAUCAGAAUCACUGCAGUCAAGAUCGGGCAAGAUCGGUUUUCCUCGUUAUCCCCAUUAUUCAAUUUGUAGACCUUCUCUAAGACUGCAAAUAUUCGGUGGCCGCGGUUACAUUCGAGGAGGUCGUGGGGGGAAGAUAGAGCGCGCUUAUCGUGAUGUACGCGCGGCAGCGAUCGGUGGCGGAUCGGAAGAAGUGAUGCUCGAACUCGGAUGUAAGAUGGCGAGGCUUUAGUGGAUAUGGCUCCUUAGGUAAGGAUGUGUAUCUUCGUAGCAUGAGAUUGAGGUUUGAGAUUGAGAAAGAGUUACAAAUCGGAUUUCCGAUUCCAUACCCAUCUAAAAUCAAAUUGGAUUAAUUUUUGAACCCCCAGAAUUCCAAUUCUACUACACUCUUUAAUCUGUCAUGUGUAUGAUUUCAAAGCAACACACUGAUACAGAAAGAUAGAUACAUACCAACUCGUCGGCAAAGUUUGUUUUGUAGAAAAGGCACAAUGAAAGAACUGUCCUGGAGAGAUGUUGCGUUGGAAAGUUGUGCCCUUCACGUUUUUCACAUAGACAUUCAUGAAUAGAUCCAUGGUAGGUGGCAGGUUCCUUGACGAACUCGUCGUGGCAAUUCUGAAUACUUUUUGAUUCAAUUACUUUCACUCUCUGCCUGUGCCUCUGUAAGGAAUUCCUUUACUACAGCCAGCUAGUAGUUUGCUAGUUGUUCGGUCAAUUCCAUUUUCCAUUUCCGUCAUUGACCUGAUUCAUAUGGAAUAUGACAGGAGAUGACACGAAACUACAUGCCGGCAUGGGGACCGCCAAAAGUCAUUAGAUCGGGUCCGUCUGGCGUGACACUACUGGCAUCGUCUGCUACAACAUACGAAAUUUUACUUCUCAUCUCGUUCGACGGAUUUUCCUCACUUUUCCUCAACACAGAAGUUGUUUUGUUCAUUCGAAUA